GUGUCGUCACCGUGUCAGUGGAGAGCAGGGGGAAGAGAGCAGCAGCACAGCCUGGUCCACUUCCUGCACAGCACAGGGCACUGGCAGUCGUACACAUUGCACCUCACCCUCUGCCAGCCAUGGACCUGGAUGCCGUCCUAGACCAGCUGGAGACUGGGGAACAGGAGCUGGUGCAUAAAGCGCUGAUGGAGUAUAAUAAAGAGAAUUCCCAGUGUUUCUUCUUCAAUACGGAGCAGAGAGAACAGCGGAAGUUCAAGAAAAAGAAAUUCCGGGACUGGGUCCCCAAGUCCGACUCAGAAUAUGAUUUUGAGUACUCGGAGGAACAGGGUGUCAAACUGCGGCAGAAACUGGGAGAGGUAGUGAUUAAGUUCCUGGAACGAGAUCUGCAGCCCUCCUGUCAGAUGGCCUGUCUAGAGACCAUACGCAUUCUUUCUCGGGACAAGUAUGGAUUAUCGCCGUUCACCAGCCGCUCAGCCAUGCAAAUCCUGGCCCAGUAUGCCGGUUUGGACUACUUCGAUGAGAUGGAGGUGCCCCGCAUCCCGGACAGUGAGAGUGUGGUAGAAGCUCUUAAGGGCCUGUGUAAUAUUGUUUACAACAGUGUCGAAGCCCAAGAGGUGGCCACAGAGCUACGCCUGGUGUGUGGCCUUGCUCGCCGGCUCAAGCUCUACAAUGAAACCAGGUCUUCUCACGAAAGCAAGUUCUUUGACCUCCGCCUGCUUUUCCUCCUCACAGCUCUGAGGGUAGACGUGCGGAGGCAGCUUGCCCGAGAGUUGAGAGGCGUUAGCCUUCUAACCGAUGCUCUAGAGAGCACUCUGGCUUUGAAGUGGUCGGAUAUCUAUGAGGUGGUGACGGAUCAUCUUGCCCCACCCUUAGGAAAAGAAGAGACUGAAAGAGUGAUGGAGAUUCUCAAGACCCUCUUCAACAUCACCUUUGACAUCAGCCGCAGGGAAGUUGAUGAGGAAGAUGCAGCUCUCUAUCGCCACCUGGCAGCCAUCCUUAGGCACUGCUUGCUCAGGGAAAGUGACGGAGAAGAGCGAACGGAGGAAUUCCAUGGGCACACAGUAAACCUACUAGUGAACCUGCCUCUAAUGUGUCUAGAUGUUCUGCUGACUCCAAAGGUGGAUCUGGGCUCUGUGGAAUACAUGGGAAUGAAUAUGGACACAGUGGAGGUUCUGCUUCAGUUCUUGGACAGGCGAUUGGACAGGGGCCACAAGUUACGAGAGACGCUGACCCCUGUCUUGAAUCUCCUUACUGAAAGUUCUCGUGUCCAUCGGGAGACCCGAAAGUUCCUCCGCUCUAAGGUUUUACCCCCUCUGAGAGAUGUGAAGAACCGUCCUGAGGUGGGGAAUACCCUGCGCAAUAAACUGGUUCGUCUAAUGACCCACGUAGACACUGAUGUGAAACACUGCGCUGCCGAAUUCCUCUUUGUCCUGUGCAAGGAGAAUGUGUCUCGCUUUGUGAAGUACACGGGAUAUGGAAAUGCUGCUGGGCUACUUGCUGCCCGCGGACUGUUGGCAGGCGGACGCGGAGAAGGGCGAUAUUCUGAGGAUGAAGACACAGAUACAGAAGAAUACAGAGAAGCCAAACCUAACAUCAACCCCGUGACGGGACGUGUAGAAGAGAAACAGCCCAACCCUAUGGAUGGGAUGACGGAUGAGCAGAAGGAAUAUGAAGCUAUGAAGCUGGUCAGCAUGUUUGACAAGUUAUCUAGGGAACAGAUCAUCCAGCCAAUGGGGGUGACAUCUGAUGGGAGGUUGGAACCUUUAGAUGAGGCUGCGCAGAAGAUGCUACAGCAGCAGGAGUCCUCUGACCUGGAGACCGACUCCGACUGAUCCAUCUCACAAGAGAAGUGCACAGUCCAGAUUCCGACCAACACAGAAGCCGAGCCGGAGAAUGAGAACCGCGGACAGUUACUCAGAUCCCAUAAACCACAAGGGGAAACCAAACCUAGAUUACUGUAGAUGUAUCUCUGAGACCUCGGCUGUAGAUUGGUCACUGGGACACUUGUAGUGUAACACGUUCCUUCUAGGAGCACCUUCAGCCGUCGAGGACGUGACGAUGUGAAACCCCAGCUGCCUGAGGGACUUGGCACUGAGUGCUAGCUGCUCUGCUUAUGUAGAUGUGUCUUUCUUCCAGCUCGUGAGUCGUCCUCUCCAGAAGUCCAAGGAUUUUUAGCACAAAACAAGCAUUCCCCACUAGAGAGCAGUGCUGCUGUGGCACAAUGAAAGAGAUUGGUAGACCCCAGAAGUGUAUGAAGUGUUCAGCGUGCCAUUACGCUAGUUCUGGCCUGUCUUAAACAGGAAAGUAGUACAGAGAAUCAUUCACAAAAGAGCACACUACAAGGGGGGGACAGUUGUUCCGAAUCUCCCUUACACCAUGUACACAAUUUAAUCCCAUCAAUACUUUAUAAUAAAAGCUUUAAUGCCAGUUUCUCUAUCGUCCUUGUGGAUGCUGGGGUUCCUGAAAGGACCAUGGGGAAUAGCGGCUCCGCAGGAGACAG